AUGGGUUUCGGGAACCUUGCAGACUACCCCAGGCUGCUUGUGGCUGCCAAUCCCUCGCGACUCGAAUUGGGAACCCUCUUUGUUGGCCUGGCGUCUUCAAUUGCAUCGGGUGUCCCCUUUCCCAUCAUUGGUAUCAUAUUCGGCCAACUGAUCGACGAUUUCAACUCAGUGACAUGCAAGGAAACUGGUGGCUCCUCGACAGGGGACUCUAGCGAUCAAUCUGACAUCAAUAGCAAAAUUCUGCUGAUCGUGUACCUGGGCAUUGCUCAAUUCGUUUUAAUCUACCUUCACCUACUAUGCUGGACUAUGACCGGUGCGCGCCUGGCGCAGCGACUCCGCGAAAGAUACCUCCAGAACUUACUCCGACAAGAACCCUCUUUCUUUGAUAACCUGCCCGCUGGAGAAGUUGCUUCUCGACUCAACACCGAUAUCCAAACAAUUCGCUCCGGUACAGCUGAGAAGGUCGGAAUCUGUAUCUCGAGUUUCUCUUUUUUCGUCACCGCAUAUGUUGUUGCAUUUAUCAAAGACUCUAUUCUUGCCGCGAUGCUGCUUUCCUUGAUCCCUGCAUACUUCAUCAUGUCAUUUGUUGGAAGUUACUAUAUCGAGAAAUACACCGGGCGCAUGUCGGAUUAUGCUGCUUCCGCUGCGUCGAUUGCUUCCGAGGCGCUUAACAACAUUGUUGUGGUGCACGCCUUUGGUGCGAACGGUCGUCUGGAGGAGAAGUUCUCCAAGGCACUGAAGGACUCGGAAACCGAAGGAUUGAAAAAGGCCAGCGCCACUGGUAUUCAAGCUGGUGUCUUGUAUUUCGUAGCAUAUGGUGCGAACGGUCUUGCAUUCUGGCAAGGAAGUAAGCAGAUCGCCGCGGCAGUGCGUGCGGGGUCGGCGGGUGCGACUGUUGGAUCUGUUUUCACUGUUAUCUUCGUCUUGGUUGAAGCUACCCUGCUUCUGAGUCAAGUUGCACCUUUCAUCCACUUGUUUACACAGGCUGUUGCUUGUUACCACAAGCUGCGUGACGAUAUCGAGCGUAAAACCUUGAUUGAUGGAUACUCCGAUGCGGGAAUUCGCCUCACCCAGGCGGAGGGUGGAUUUGAGUUCAAGGACGUCUCCUUCAUUUACCCCUCCAGGCCGGAGAUCACCGUUCUUAACAAGAUCAAUCUCUCUAUUGCUCCCAAGAAGCACACAGCCAUUGUUGGUCUUUCUGGAAGUGGAAAGUCCACCAUCGCAGGCUUGGUUAUCCGCUUGUAUGAUGCCACUGAAGGUGAGAUCACUUUCGAUGGCCAGAAUAUCCGCGACGUCAACACCCGUGACCUGAGAGGAUUUCUCAGUCUUGUGCAGCAGGAGCCCUCCCUUCUCGACCGAUCCCUUUUGGAGAACAUCGCACACGGCUUGGUGAACUCAAGCAAACCGGCCCAUGCACACCUGAAGACGGCACUCCUCGGAACUGACCUCUCUGAUCUAGCCACUGAAGUCAGAGAUGGUCAGGAUCUUAUGACCGCAGCAGAGAGACGGGGCCCAGAAAUCGUCGAAAUUGUUCAAUUGGCCCGGCAGGCUGCUGCGCUUGCCGAUGCGGAUGGCUUUAUUGAGGCAUUGCAGUAUGGGUACGCCACGAUGGUUGGCUCUAGUGGUCGACUCAUUAGUGGUGGUCAAAAGCAACGAGUCUCUCUUGCCCGUGCUCUUGUCAAGGAUCCCGCGGUUCUAAUUUUGGACGAAGCAACUGCUGCUCUGGAUUCACGCAGUGAACAGCGUAUCCAGCGGGCUAUCAACAACAUCUCAACCGGUCGAACUGUCAUCACAAUCGCUCAUCGUCUGUCAACAAUCACAAAUGCUGAUAAGAUCGUUUGUAUGCACAAGGGAGAUAUCUUGGAGGAGGGAAGUCACUCGGAGUUAAUGGCUGGUAAUGGACCUUACUCUGAGCUGGUCAAAUUGCAGACUCUCGGAGCCGCAUCCGCAUCCAACAAGACUGAUACCACCACCAGCAUUGAGAGCGUCAGCAAGUCCGAUGCUACCUCUAUUACCGACGUUGAAAAUGAGAAGGGCAGUGUUUCAAAUGAACUAGAACCCACAAAAGAAACCCGUGUCUUGACCACGGAAGCACCAGCCGGUAACUCUGCAGAGGAAGAAGAGGAAGAGCCUGAGACCCCGGUCAAAUCAGUGUGGGAUCUUUGCAAGGGCUAUGCACCAGCUCUCAAGCCCCAUUUGCUCGUCAUCUUCGCUGCUCUUUUCGGUUCCAGCAUGGUUGGCGGAGCCUUCUCUGGUGAAGCCGUCAUUUUCGGAAACACAGUCGGAAGUUUAAACCCUUGCUUCAGUGCAGCCAGUAUCAGCGAACGGGGUAACUUCUACGGUCUGAUGUUCUUCGUCCUUGCCAUCAUCGAGUUCUUUGCAAACAUCUGGCAUCAGUCCAACGGUCGUUCGCCUGCCUUGCUUCUGUCUUAUAUCACCAGAGAUGGUAACGCCCUUGCUGGUAUGAGCGGAUCUGUCAUUGGCACCCUGUUCUCUAUCACCGUUAACCUCAUCGCCGCCAUUAUUUUGACCCACAUUAUUGCCUGGAGAAUUGCACUGGUCUGCCUCGCCCUUGUCCCUCUCCUACUCGGAGCUGGUCUAAUGGAGCUGAUGGUCCUCGGCAAAUUCGAGGAGCGUCAUGAAAACGCCUACACCAAGUCUGUCGACAUUGGCGUGGAAGCAGUUACCUCUAUCAAGACAGUCGCUUCUCUUUCUCUUGAAGAAAACACUCUGAAGACCUACCGACGAUCCCUGAAGGGGCCCCGCAGGGAGACAUUCAUGGUUACCGUGCAGGCAAGUUUGUGGCAAGCCAUGACCUACUUCUUGGGUAACAUGGUGAAUGCACUGGCAUACUGGUGGGGUUCCAAGCAGAUCAUCAACGGCAACUAUACUCAGACCGAGUUCCUCAUUGUUGUCUUCUCUCUCUUGGUCAGUGCCCUGCUUUGGAGUCAGAUGUUCGCUCUCGCGCCCGAGCUUUCUGCCGCGCGAUCGGCAAUGUCCAGAAUCCUUGGCCUGAUCGAGAUCGGCAAGGACAAGAUGAACUCCCAGCUCACACCAUCCAACAAGGAUGUCGAGGCAAUUGAAGAAAAGCCCACCUACAACUCUGGUAGCUCGGCUUCCAGCGUGCAGCUCCGCGAUGUCCACUUCUGUUACCCUGCCCGGCCAGACAUGAAGGUGCUAAAGGGCUUGAACGUUGAUAUUCGCCCCGGCAAGUUCUGUGCCCUAGUUGGACCCAGUGGUGCCGGUAAAUCGACCAUCAUCUCCCUGGUCGAACGCCUGUACACACCUGAAUCUGGCUCCAUCAUCAUCGACGGCGUCGACAUGACUAAGACCUCAGACGUCUCCUUCCGUGACUGGAUUUCCUUGGUACCCCAAGACAGCGUUCUGUUUGAGGGAAGCAUCGAGUUUAAUGUUGGUCUUGGUGCCCGGCCCGGCCACAAUGUGACUCUUGAAGAAAUCCAAGAGGCUUGCAAGCUCGCAAACAUCCACGAUGUUAUCACUUCAUUGCCGGAUGGUUACCAGACCCUCUGUGGACCCAGUGGUAACCAGUUCUCUGGAGGCCAGAAGCAAAGAUUGUCCAUUGCUCGUGCUCUCGUUCGCAAACCUAAGCUUCUCAUUCUUGAUGAAUCGACUAGUGCCUUGGACGCUGAAUCCGAGAAGCUCUUGCAGGAUGGUCUGGAGAAGGCCGCACGGGGAAUCACUGUCAUUGCUAUUGCUCACCGUCUUCACACUAUCCGGAAGGCCGAUGUCAUAUUCUUGAUUGAUGGUGGUGUAUGCACUGAUUCUGGAUCUCAUGACGAAUUGCUCGAGCGGUCCGACAGCUACCGGGCAAAUGUCAUGCAUCAGACAGUGGCGACUUGA